AUGGAGGGGAGCGGCAACGGCGGCGGGGCGGAUCCGGGCCCGGGCCCGGGCCCGGCCCUGGGCGGGGAGGGCGAGGGCGAGGGCGUGUGGGAGCUGCCGGUGGACCGCUGCGAGAGGCGGCCCGUGUGCGGGCGCUGCAGCCAUCCUCAGAAGGUGUGUUUGUGUCCUUUCCUGCCUGUACAUCCACUAAAGGUCUUCACCUGCUUGUAUAUAAUUCAGCAUCCAGCAUAGGAAAGUUGAGUGUUAUGAACAGUACCUUUGCUAGCAGCUUGUCUCCCUCCAGACAAAUGUAAAAUUUUGGUUGGUCAACGUUUUAACGAAACAGGUGAGUAUCCUGAAUUAGCAACUGUGUGUAGAAAUCCCAAUACCAUUUUGUAUCCUGGAGCUGAAGCAACAAAUUUGGAAGAAGUUGCAGUGAUGUCUUCUAGUCCAUCUGUUAUGAUUAUCAUAGAUGGAACAUGGAGUCAGGCUAAAGAUAUAUUUUACAAAAAUUCUCUCUUUCGCCUUCCCAAGCAGGUGCAGUUAAAACCCAGUAUUUCAAGUCAAUAUGUAAUUCGUACACAACCAACAAACACCUGUCUGUCUACUCUUGAAUGUGCAGCUGUUGUUCUUUCCUUCAUGGAAAAAAAUAAGAGUAUACAAGAAACUAUACUCCAUCUGCUUCAAGCUUUAUGCUCUUUCCAGCUUCAGCAUGGUGCCCAGAUCCAUCACAGCAAGGAACAUCUUCUCAAAAAUGGCUUAUAUGGCAAGCCCAUGCCAAAGAAUAAACACAAACUCAGAAGAAUAAGAAUGGAGCUUCUGGUGAAUAAUGUUAAAAUAAAAGAAAACAGUACUGACUGUACAGUGGAAUUUAUUUGCAGCUAG